AUGGCCAGCAAUGAUCAUAUUGAUUUCAAGCUCUAUAGAUACACCCCGUCGACUGCAGCAGCAGUAGUGUUUGCGGUCCUGUUCUUUCUUACAACGAUUUACCAUAUCUACCAACUCUACCGGAGACGAGCAUGGUAUUUCAUUGCGUUUGUAAUUGGAGGCAUUUUUCAGAUCAUCGGCUAUAUUUGCCGUAUUUUGGCCCAUAACAACACCGACUCAGUUCCGAUUUAUAGCAUCCAGGCUAUUUUGAUUCUUCUCGCUCCACCCCUUUACGCUGCAUCGAUUUAUAUGGUAUUGGGCCGGCUAAUCGUCUACCUGCGGGCGGAAGGACUCAGCGUGGUGUCAAUUAAGUGGAUGACCAAGGUUUUUGUCACUGGCGAUGUGAUCGCAUUCGUGAUGCAAGCCGCAGGUGGUGGUAUUAUGGCCAGCGGCACCAUCAGUAGCUACAAUCUAGGAGAGCACGUCACCGUCGGUGGUCUCUGUGUUCAAUUGGUCUUCUUCGGCCUUUUUAUUAUAACCUGUGCUCUAUUCCACCUUCGCAUCCGCAAGAAGCCAACACCCGAAGUAAUAGCACUAGCCGCUCGUCUGAAUGAAAGGACGACCCGUUCAUGGCAAACAGUCCUUGUGGGCUUGUAUGCCGCCAGUGCCCUGAUCCUGGUGCGGUCGAUCUUUCGUUUAGUAGAAUAUGCGCAAGGCAACGCUGGGUAUCUCAUUAGCCAUGAAGUUUUCAUGUACGUCUUUGAUUCAACUCUGAUGUUCCUCGCCAUGGUUGCUAUGAAUAUCUUUCAUCCGUCGAUGAUUCUUGUUGGGUCACAAAAGGAGCGUGAUGCUGAAAUGGAGUAUCCCACUUAUCACACGUAA